AUGAAAGCCCCGGCGUUCAAACCUUUAUGUGACGUUAUUCGGAUCAAAAAAAGGGAAGAUGCAGGUGCAGCUACGGGGAGUGAAUUAUACAAGGCCUUUUUAAAUGCCGGGAAGAAGAACGAAGAGGAAUUGCGAAACAAAAGUGUAAAAAUAGUAAUUUACGAGCAUGUGAAGUAUGAAGAGGAGAAGCAGCUGGUGAGUAGCAGUUCGGGGAGCGACUCGGAUAGCGGCCAUGGUUGUGCUAGCCCACAGGGGGAAAAUAAAAUCGGCAAGAAAGGAAGAAAGAAGAAGGAAACCCAGGGGGAAGAAAAUGCCAAUCAGCUUAAAAAUGGAAGGGAAAGGGGAGCCAAGGAUAAAGGCAACCCGAAAGAAAGCGCAAAAGUAACAGGAAAGGAAAAAACAAAUCAAGAGGGAGAACCAACUGCAGGCGGGGCAAAGCAGAAUGGGGGAGGGGUAGAAUACACAGAGAAGAAGGAAGACGGAGCAACCAAGCAAGGAUCCGCUACCACCCCAAAUGGAAACACCACUUUGACCUUACACACACAAAAAAGCGACGUGGUGAAAGAGAGAAAAUCGUCCAAAGUACUAGGGACAGUAAAAAUUCUGUACAAUUUUUAUGUAAAUUUAUUCGAUAAGUUAAAGGAAGACGUGGAAAACAUUCAAAGCGGAUCUGUGAACAACAACGUCGACCUGUUCCGCGAUGUGAACCUCUACGCGAACUGCAUUUCUAUGUUUGAUAUAAUCAACCUUUGUGAGGAUUUGAAAAUAAUAAAAACUUUUCUCCACUCGAAAAAGGAAUGCGAGCUGAUAUGGAUACUCACGGUGAACUACCUGGACAAGGUAGACGUCAACCUGUUUGAGCGGUACAAGCAUAAGAUUGACGUGACGGAGGGGACAAACACGCCAGGUGAGGCGGUCCCAUUGGGAGUGGCCGAACAGGGAAAAGAGAGCGAACAGAUGAAGAACAACAAAAGCGAGGCACACAUCGAACAGGUAAGUGAAAAAAAAAAGGAGAAGACUAAAAAGGAGGACAAGGCCCCUAUUGCGGAGGAGGAAGAAGCCAGCAUUGCAGCUGUUGCAUCAGAAGGAACGGGGAACCCCCCAAGCGCAGGCCAAGAAGUGCACAACUUGAAGGAGUACAUUUAUGCAAAGUGCCACGAAAGAAAAAACGCCAUCAUGUUCAGAAAGGUGAAUUUUUUUGUCUUCCUGUAUGUGCUCAUAUAUAUUAUCAAAACAAGUUCGCGGAAAAUAAAAUCGCUUUCGGAUGACAUAAAAAAAGUGAGGAGCUUUUUCUUCUUUCUCAAUUUGUAUGAAAAAAAAAAAACAAUCGAAACGCUGAAGAAUAUAUAUAAGGAUAAGUACUUAACGUUUUUCCAAAAUUUUAAAAGCAGCAAGGAAAUUGAGGAAUACAGAAGGAGGAAGAUUUUCUGCCACAAGUUUUCCUUUCACAAUGUGAAUAAAAUUUUAAAUGAAAAAGGGGAGGACUUGGUCAGGCUGAAGGAGGCAUGCACGCGGAACGGGAAGCAACCAACCAAGGGGCAUCAACCUGGGGAGAGUAACGCAGAGGAGAGCAACUACGACUUGACCAAUUAUGUGGAGACAGCCGAAUUAGACAGCGACUUCAACUGUACAGGUAACCCCCAGGACGAAAGUGAGAAGGCAUCCCCCCCGCUUUUGAGCCCAUACCUACUAGACUAUAUAUUUAAAAAUUACUGCUAUAAAAAGAAGCACUGGAAAAUGAAGGAAAACGCAUGGAUCAACUUUGGGGUGGUGAAAAAGGAAGAAAAGAGGAGGUACAAAGUGGACAUUUAUAACCACACAAAAUUUAACAUAUCUGUUGAUGUGCUAAUCGAUGAGGACCUUCCCAUCCUUGCCAUUUUUAAGGACAAAUUAUUUUGCGUCAGCUCCAAGUAUUCUAUAUACCUCCAAAUUGAUGACAGUAAGGAGGGUGAGUGGUUCGGGUUCGUGAACAUCGUACUGAAGUACAAGAAUGCCACUAAGGGCGAUGACGCUGUGCGGAUCCCUGUCUACGUCCAUGUCUGUCCGUAG